AUGGAGACUGAAUCUGUGAGGUCGGAACUAAGCAGCCGAUCACGGCGCAGUUCCCGGCACAGACAGCACACUCAUAGAAGUACACGGAGUACAAAAUCUCAAAGAAAAGACUGUGGAGAUAACACUAUGGCACCAUUUCAAACCAGUGUUAAUAUAAAUCCAGAAAUAGGCCGGGAUGGUCAAGAAGUAAUUGAAGUACAAAUACUUCCGCAGGACGAGAACUGGGGAGAGAACACAACAGCUGUCACGGGAAACACUUCUGAAGGCUCACAGUCUAUGGAGGAUGUCAGUAAUUGGCCUGUAGAGUCGGAUAGUGGACUUGGAUUUGUCUGUUCAAGAUACUUUGGCACAACUAUAGCUUUAGGACUUUCCUUUGUCUCUUUUGUGAGCCCCUUAGCAAUGGUUGUUUUACCAAAAAUUGGAUUUUUUCCUGGAUUGACAGAUAACAUAGCUAUUCAACCUAGCCAAAGGAUACAGCUAUUGUCCUGUACAGCUGAAUGUAAAGGAAUUUUAUUAUCAUUAGCAUUUAAAUUAGUUCUUUUAGCAAUUGGAGUGUGGGCUGUCUUUUUAAGGCCACGGAAUGCAAUCUUACCAAGGAUAUUCGUGUUCAGAGCUAUGACUUUAGUCAUUCUUGCUGUCUGUAGUUUUUCAUACUGGUUAUUUUACAUAGUACAGAUUACAGAAGCAACAAAAGCAUUGACGCUUGGUGAGGAGGCAGUGGAUUACAAUGCAUUAGUGUCUUAUGUAUCAAGUUUUGCAGACACAUUGCUUUUUAUACAUUAUAUAGCUGUAAUUUUAAUAGAAAUACGACAUAUGGAGCCUGUUUAUUACAUCAAAAUAGUAAGGAGUCCAGAUGGUGAAAGUAGAUCUUAUGCUAUUGGACAAUUAAGUAUUCAAAGAGCUGCAGUGUGGGUUCUACAAAAGUAUUACACAGAAUUUCCGAUAUACAAUCCUUAUUUGGAAAAAAUUCCAAUAUCAAAAUCACAAAGAAAAGCGCAGUCUAGUAUCAAGUUCUAUGAAGUGGAUUCAAAUACAAAUGCUCCGCCAGGGCAAGCACGAUCGGCGACGGGGUCGUGCACGGGCAGCGGCGGGCGGCGGCGCGACUCGGGCUCGGCGCACAACGAGCGCUACUACGAGGAGGCCGAGCGCGAGCGCCGCGUGCGCAAGCGCCGCGCGCGCCUGCUCUCCGCCGCGGAGGACGCGUUCGCGCACGUGCGCCGCGUGCGCUCCGCCGGCCUCGGUGGGUCAUUGGGGCCCCGUGAAGCCGCACAAGCUGUGUUUCCUUCCUUAGCGCGCGCGCUCCAGAAGUACCUACGAGCCACAAGACAGCAGCCCAGACACUCUGCUGACUCGGUAUUGGCACAUUUAGCGCGUUGUCUAUCUCAAGACGCGUCGCCGCGGGCUUUUCUCGAGCCGUUCCUCGUCGAGGGCCCGGUCUUGUCCGCAGAGCAGGAGGCCAGACCAGUACAGCGCUGGUCUCUGAUCUCCGACGAGCUUCUCGCCAGACCUCUAGCCGAUAACAUCGAGUUCCAACUCCGACAAGGUGACAUCUCUUUAAUAUGCACCAUUAAACAACUGCCAAAGUUUAGUUUGACAGAAGAGGUUGUUGAUCCUAAGAGCAACAGGUUUGUUCUACGGUUGAAUUCUGAAACGUCUGUUUGA